UUUUUGUGAGUUGGUUGCAGAUGUGUUUUUUUUUUUUUUGGUACCGAGUGGAGAGGAUGCACACGGCACUCGAGUGAGCUUUUGGAAGGGACUCCACUUCAUCACAACACAAAUGGGCAAGUGGAUUCAGAAAAUGAUUAGGUGGUGAAAACACUCUAUAAACCAUGAAGGUACAUAUGCACACCAAAUUUUGCUUCCUAUGUUUGGUGACAUUUCUGUUUCAUCAAUGCAGCCAUUGUCAUGAGGAGGGGCAUCACCAUCACCAUCACCACCAUUCUGAAGAAGAUCAUUCCCAUGACCACAGUGAUUACCAGAUUUCAGAGGCACCUUAUAUGCACAAAAGUGUGGACAGUCCUUCAGACCUAAGUUUUGAAACACAUAAUGAAGCAGAGAGUGAGCAAAAGUUUUACAUAGAGCAGCUUUUCCUUCGCUAUGGGGAAAAGGGGAGACUUGACUUUGGUGGCUUUGAGAAGUUGCUUAAUAGCCUUGGUCUUGGUGAAGUGCGUGUGGUAGAGAUGAACCAUGAAGAGAUAGGACAUGACCAUGUUGCUCAUCUAGAUGCAUUAGAAGUCCAAGAAGGUCUACAUUCCCACUCACACUACCAUCCAUUUACACCAAGUAAUUUUCAUUUACACACUAACAUUCAGAAAGAAAACUUAACAUCAUCAAGGGUUAUCCAUUCUGCCCAGUGUAAGCAAUCCUCUCAUAGGGUAACUACUGUGGAAAAUUCUACUUUUAAGCAGAAUUACACAUCCCUUUCUAAUGAAGGUGGCAAAUCUUUCCAUAAGCAUCACUUGCAUCAUCAUAUCCAUAACAAUUCCACUCUACAUCACCAUCAUCACAAUCAUCAUCAUCACCACCAUACCCACAAUGAUUCUGCAGUUCAUAACAAUCAAGAAGUGACUUCAUUUGUACAUAGUUCUCCUACCACUACACAAGAUCACUUGGAAUUUUCUGAAUCUGGGACCAAAAAACAUAGAAAGAAGAAGAAGGGUAUUAAAAACAAAAACGCCAGUAAUUCCUCAGUACUUCUAAACCAACGAAUGGACAAGAAUGAAAGCCAGGACUUGCGUUUAUAUGUGGAGGGUUCUCAGGUUUACCACCAUGACCAUGAUGAUGGUAAUGAGAAAGAGCAGAAUUAUGAACACAGUCUGGACUCUGCAGAGCAGAACUUGCAUGUGCAGAAGCGGGAGAUAUCCAGUGAUCCAGCGAUUACUACCAUAUCACUCGGGGUUCACAGAAAUGAAGCACACCAUCAUAAUGAGCAAGAUGUGUUGUUCUUUUUGCUUUUAUGCUCAGCUUGGGUCUGGGGACUUCUGUCCAUUACUGUCAUCAGUCUACUGUCUCUGCUUGGAGUGAUCCUGGUGCCUAUCAUUAACCAGUCAUGCUUCAAAUUUCUUCUCACAUUCCUGGUUGCACUGGCAGUGGGAACACUUAGCGGAGAUGCAUUACUUCAUCUGUUACCCCACUCUAAAGGUGGACAUGACCACAGUCAUGAUGGCAGAGAACAGCUGCAUACAGAAAAGAAGUCUGAUUUUCUAAAUGAAUAUGAUGCUGUGUGGAAAGGCCUCACUGCUUUAGGAGGCAUCUACCUUCUCUUCAUCAUCGAACACUGCAUAGGGAUGUUUAAGCACUACAGAGAGAAAGGGAGACAGAUGUGUUGGUAUUGGAAGAAAGAGAAAAGUGAAGAAACACAAAUUGGAAGAAAGCUAUCUGAUCAUAAACUAAACCGAAGAUCUGAUGCUGAGUGGCUACACUUAAAACCUCUGACAGGACCAGAUGAUUCUGCCAUGUCUGAUGACAGUAAGCACAAUGAUACCCAACUGACAGAGCUUCAAGACUUGUCAGAUUCCCCCAGCAAAAGGCAGCUGUCUGCCGGAGAGGUAACUGUGAAGAUAUCAGAUUUCUCCGAAAAUGAACAGAACAAGGAGAGUGUCUUUCCUGCCAAAGAGAAUGGGAAGAAAGCAAAAAGUAAAAAGCACACUCAUGGCCAUAGUCAUGGACAUUCCCAUGGAAUUUCACAUGGACAUUCACAUCAUGGUCACUGUCACUCUGAUAAAGAAAUGAAGGAUGCUGGCAUUGCUAGUAUUGCGUGGAUGGUCAUCAUGGGAGAUGGAAUGCAUAAUUUCAGUGAUGGUCUUGCAAUAGGGGCAGCAUUCAGUGCUGGAGUCACAGGUGGCAUCAGUACCUCUAUUGCAGUGUUCUGCCAUGAGCUCCCACAUGAGCUUGGUGACUUUGCAGUCCUUCUGAAGGCUGGGAUGUCAGUAAAGCAGGCCAUUGUUUAUAAUCUUCUCUCGGCUUUAAUGGCUUAUGUGGGAAUGGUAAUUGGAACUGCAGUGGGACAGUACACCCAUGAUGUAACCCUCUGGAUCUUUGCUAUUACUGCUGGGAUGUUUCUCUAUGUAGCUUUGGUGGAUAUGCUACCAGAGAUGCUGCAUUCAGAAAGUGAAGAUCUCCAGAGCUGGCGGAUGGGACAUUUCCUUCUUCAGAAUCUUGGCAUGUUGAUUGGGUUUGGCAUAAUGCUUCUCAUUGCCAUCUUUGAAGAAAAGAUUGUCCUUGACAUUCCCUUUUAGUCCAUCUAAAAGCAGCACUAAUAGAGAAAAUCAGUGUUUGUUGCUUUUGGUUAGCGUUAAUGCUUGUGUUGUAGUCCAAGUCCAUCUGUAAAUGAGCUUACUAUGACAGACAUGCAUUUCAGUAACAAAGCAGCUGCUUACAAAUUUCACUACCAAGUUUGAUAUUUUUUCAUUGUCUUAUUUUAUAAGCUGAAAAUAUUUUCUUCAAUACACCUCGCCCUUUAAUUCGUAGUGUAAUAUAUACACCCAAGGGGGGCAAAGCACUAUCCUGAGUGCAGCCAGUUGGGUAAAAUUUAAUCUAUUUUAAUUCUGUGGGUAGCUUUUUGGUUUAAUCUAUCCUUGGCUUGCCUUAAAAGCUACUGUUUUAUUUGAAAGAAAGAGACCAGAUUUUGUUUACACUUUUUAAUAUGAAAGACGAGGCUCUUUGAGUCUUGUUUCUUUGAAAAUAAAAAUGCAAUUGCAUAAAGUUGUUAUUCAUGUUUCUUUAUUGGUGCUAUAGUUUUGACUUCAUCUGAUUUACUUUUAACAUAGUUUAAGAUGCUUGAUAUAUAAUAAAUAUACUCAAGUUAGAGUCGAACUAAGUAAUGUGAAUGAUCACCUGAUAUAGCCAGAGAUGUCAACAGUUGGUUGUCCACCAGUAGUUUAGUCUGUCUGUCACGAUGUUUAGUGAGACGUGGUCAGUUUCUGCUGUUGGCUUGUAAAAAUAAUACAUCACGUUCAGACAAAGAAAAGAUGACACGCAGUGGGAUCGCAUAGAUCUGUCGUCUGUCAAAGAAGCUGUGGCAUCAAGUCUCAGAAAGAGAAAAAUAAAUGUUUGCUUAAUAAGUGGAGCACUGGUCCACUGAAUCGCAGGCUUCUUUAGAGCAUUUAUGCAACAUUUAAUUAGCAUAUAUUUCAUUAAGCAUGUUGUAAGUAUCGGCAAAUGAUUUUAUACCUAAUGUAGUAUUUGUCUCCUGCUCUGUGAUAAGUGAAGUCCGUGAUCUUGAGGUGGUUCUUGCCUACUGCAUGCAGUGCAUUCUUGCUGAGACUGACUGACUGACUGAUGGACUGGUGGUUUGUAAUCAAUUCUAGACCUCUCAGACUAAUCCCUUUGCUACUGUUACUACUUUUUGCAAGCAUAGUCUGCAAUGUUUAGUUUAUUUUCGACUUUACCUCAGAUAAAUAGAAGUUAAAUUAGGGAUAAGUCAAUGUGCAUUUUAAGAAGGAUGAAAAAAAAUGCUAAUUUCUAUGCUAAACAUUAAUAAGAAAAACAGUUUUAUUUUUUUGCACAGAUUUCAUUUUCACCAUUUUUUCAGAUUUGUGAUGUAGUACGUUACUUCCCAGAUCUGGAAGAAAAAUAAGACAAGCUGUGUUUUCACAUGUAAGGGUUAAACCAGUGCAUCGUUUUCCUAUUUGUUAAUAACGAUGAGAGGUAAAUUGCAUUAUCACUUAUGAACAUGCUUUUUCACAUAAUGUACGUGUAAUGCGGUGGUGAAUGCAGGGUGAUAAGAGCAUAGUCUUAUCUGGGUUUAAUGUUCGAUCUGUUCGGUAUUAACUGUUAUAUGUCAUUAGAAAAUUCAGUUAAACAUCUGGGAGAAUCAUCGGAACUCCUGCCUGCAAACAAUGGUGAGCAAAUGCUCAGUUUGUCAAGCAACAUUCUAGUGCAAUGUGUGUACUGUAAACAUUUAUUUUUUUUUAUUUGUUCUGCUGUCAUUAUCUUUAUGCUGCAAUUAGCAAUGCUGCUGUUUUCAGUGUACAAGUGGCUCCAAAAUAAAAAAGAAAACAAAAGGAAAGCUACAGUGAAGCACUGAGCAGGUGGCAGUGCAAUUUACCCUCCGAUUUACUAAAUACUGUAGGUUUUACUUUACUGACUGAUUAAAUAAUAUAUUCGUUGUUCCUGUUAAAAUAUAAAUAACCCCCCCCCAAAAAAAGCAUAUUGUUUUUCAUGGUAAUUUAAAUGAAAAAUGCUUUAAAUGCUCUUAUUUCCAAUAUGUGAGUGUAGAGGUUGAGGCAGAUGGCAUUUCAAGAACUAUCAGUGUGGGGAAAAUAUGCAACUCUGUGGUAAAUCUAGGCCUAAGGAGUCUCUGCCUGAAUCUAUAAUUUAUCAAUGGAAUAAAUAAAUGGUGAAAGAUGAUGUAGUAAUGUACACUUAACAUUUAUCAGCUAAUUUGCAUUAGGCAGACUAACAAAAGCCCUGAUAAAUAGAAAUGUACCUUUCUAACCGUGUGACUUUAAACAAAAUUAGUGGAAAUCCUGCAGGCCUACCAAUGUGGUAUGUUUGUCCCACAAAAGAAAGAAAAAAAAAAAAAAAACUUUUUACAAAUGAAUUUGCUGUUAUUUUAUAAUUAACAAAGGUGCAACCCCAAGCCAGAAAAUGUUCUGAAGAUGUAUACCAUAUCUCUCUUUUUGAUUGCACAACUUGUUAUAGUAUAGCACCGUUAAAUUAUUUUCAUUCUGUUUUGAGCCACUUCUGGUAAUUCCAAUAUGUACAGCAUUGCAGAUGACAAAAAACAACACAUUAAUAAAUGCGUGUUAUUGACACACUAUAAAAUGUGCUCGUUUUCCACAGCUUUGUGUAUAACAUGGUUAACGCGGGCUUUAUUAAAACAGCUCAUAAAAUAAACACCUUAUGAAUCUCUCAUUGCAACUCUCAUCAUUAAUGUUUUUCCCAUUAUUUUUCAAUGGGCGUAAAAAAUAAUUUAGUCAUUGAAAUUGUUUUUACUGGGGAGUAGGAAUUAAGGGUGGUGUUUCCACUAUCGUUUGACUUAUUUGGAUAGAUAUAAACACACUAGUAGUGCGCUGGUGUGGACCAAAACAACCAAACUAAGACCCUUUGGGAACAGAGCUCUCAAUGCAGUACCAGGUGAACCCUAAGGACAUUUGUGUGAGAUUAGAAACUGAACGAAGGACUGAUCUAACUGCAGGAUAUGCUUUGUAUUAUGAGUAACAUUUGUUCAAGCUGUCGUAGCCAUGCUUACGCCACUGCUGCUACUCAUUCGGCCAUCUCAGCAUUAGAAGUCGAGGGUGAACAUGUAGCAGUGAGCAGGUACAACGACUCCACUCUGUGCCCUCACUAGAGCUUGCCAUCAUUUGUACAGUUGCUUACAUAAAAUGUCAUUUCUGUAGCAUGCAAAGUAGCAGAAAGUUUUCAUGUACUCUUUGAAGUUAUCAAAUAAUGUGCAUUCAGCUUACAGAGCUACAUUUGAUAAACAAACCACAUAAUUAUUGCAAAUGUGGAGGUGCACAAACACAGCUGUUGUCAACCCUCCAUGAAGAUUCCAUUUAUUUUUUUGGCCCAUUAAAUGAAGUCCACGGCAUUUAACGUUCUAUUCUAGGUCAUUUAAAAGUUUACUGUGUGAAAUACAACUGAAAUAACUGGAGAUUGAAACAAAGUAACUCAUAAUCUGAUUUGACACAAAGCAAAUGGAAUGAGUGCAAAACCCCCUUAAGUAGCACUGUGCCUGUGAUAUUUUUGGUUGUUUCUACAAAAACACAACUGUAUGCAGGUUUCCAUUGUUGGAAUAACUUGCUAAUUUAUGCAUUUUAUUGCAGCCAUUUUUUUUUUAAUGCUGGCCAAGCUAGUUUAAAAUUUUCUUUUGAUAAACCAGUCAUUUCUCCAAACUGUCCAAUAUUUUGAACACAAUAAGCAAUACUAAUAGGUCUAUUCCUUCAUUUACUUAAACUCGCAGACUGAGAACAGAAAGUAAACCUUAUUAAACGGGGUGCUUCAGAUAAGGCUAUUUUUUCUUUACAGUUUAACAAAUAAAAUGAGUAAAACUGCCAAAAACACGCACACACUGAAAUUAUCUUAACUAUUCAUUUGGACGCAUUUUCAACCAGCUCGUUCCGGAUGCAAGACCUUAAUUUUUGCAGUUUGAAUGUUUGGAGAAAGUAUUUGGUGAUGUGGCAACUGGUGUAGCUGAAGGUCACGCAUGCUAGUUGCCCUUUUUAAAGAGUUAAAUAAAGUAUGGCAUCAGUGCACAAGACACAAUCAAAUCAAUUGAUUUAGAAGAGCACACCUUCAAGUUUGGUCAAAUUCCAACACAUCACACAAUGGGUGUGCAGCAAAUAAAACCCAAUCAGCAAAGGAAAGCUGAGAAAGAAGCCCGUAUAGACUGUUGCUCAUCAAAAAUACCAUCUUUGUACAUGUAGGUUAAAAACGAAAAGAACAUGUGACUGAUGUUAUUUAGCAAUAAGUCCCAAAGGUGAAAAAUUAGAAUACUAAAUAAUUUUGAAGCCGUGGCCAGUUGUCUGGAAAUAUCAGUUAUGGUUCUUGAUGGCGUCGGCACUCAAAAUAACAUUUCUCCAAAAUGAACAUGGUGGGCACUACGAGGUUGUCCUAGGGUGGUGAAUGUGAUAUUGUUGGGUUUCUGGUGGUCUUGGAACAACAUCAGAGUUGUGGUUUCAUUCACCUUUAAUCAAUCAGCUUGAGACUCUAAUUCUGACAUCAUAAACUUGGAUGUGCAUGAAAAAGAAUUCAAAAUCUCCUGAGUGUCGACUCUUCCUUUUUUAUUCUCAAAAUUGUGUUCUCAAUGGGAUUUAAAAAAAAAAAAAAAAAUCUCUCAUUGUUUAAAUUCUUAAGCUAUUUUUUUUUAAUCCAUUAUUACAAAAAGUGAAAUUGGGUGACUUUGAGUAGCAAGUCUCUGCUUUAUGCCAGAGGCUGACUUUAAAGCUGAUUGCUUAAAGGCGAAUGACUGUCCCGGAACAGCAAACUCCAUGUUGUCCCAUGAGCGAGAGAAACCGCGAUCGACUUGCCCUAGGCUGUUUAAUGUUUGUCCCUUGCUGGAACAUAUUUUUGCUUAAUUUAAAGCACAGUAAAGUUUAUUUGUCUAGUCAAAAGACUCAGUAGUCACAGCCUUGCCCGGGACAGAACAAAGGUGCCUCAUCAUUUGAUAUUUUUGGAACAGGGCCAUAGAUGGGACAGGUACAGCAGGAGUGCCCCAUCAAUGUUUGUCUAGGUUGUGGAGAGGAGUGUCAACACAAUAAAAAAUAAAGUAUAAUUUGCCAGUCGUGUAAUUAAAUUUUUUCGUCAGUGCCAUUAUGGACAAUUUAAAUUAGCAUUGGCGGAGGCAAAUGUGAGCAGGUAAAACUAUUAUUGACACCUUUGGUUAUUGGAAGUGACAGAGUGCUACCAAGUCAAGAUGGACUUUUUAUUUUGUUUGUUUUAAUUUUCUAGAUUACAGCUGUGCCAAAUGACAUAAUUUGCUUUUGUAGAAAAGUCCUUGUGUAUGAAAUUGUACUGCCUCCUAACAUUCCAGUUCAUGAUUGUAAUUAUUCAAUAUCAAAUCAUUUUCUGUGCUUAGACCAGCUAGUUUUGUGUUUGCUGAAGUAAAGGUUCUGUGCGAUUUAUCCUGUCACUGUGUGACAUCCAUGCUCUUGUCCAUUGGGUGUAUAACUGUAAUCACAUUAAACUAAUGUAAUUGAUCGGAUCAAAUCAUGCAUGAAGCAUGACAUUAGAAAAGUGCAUUUGUAAAAGUACUCUUCUUCAUUUCCUUUAUCAGAUGUACUUGAAAGCAAUAUGUGAAACCGUUACAUUGUGUGAAAACUUGGAGUAUGAUCUGUUUUGGGGCAAACUUGAAAACAUUCACAACAGAUUUGGGAUAUGGAUACCUACUCAAGGUACUGUAAAUAAGUUGAAUGUGAAUUAUUUUUUUUUUUCAAUAAACAUUACAAAAACCAAUCUGAAAACACUGUGCUCUAAAUUCUGACAUCUCCUCUCAGGUUAAAAGUGCAGCUAUUCUAUUUUUAAAAAAUGAUGAAAUUUGUAAAUAGGGUCUUUCUUUUCUGGUUGAAUUAGACAAUUGUGAAAUGUGUCUGGCCUGUGAACCUUAAAAUGAAAGGAUACUUGUUCAAGGUUUAAACAAGAUAUCGUAAAGAAACAAAUUUUAUAUAAAGCAUGCUGUUGUUUCACAAUGUAAGCCCCAAAGCAUAUCAUACUUGGUAUAACACUACCCUGUGUCAUUUCCUUCAACCGUAAUAAUAAUAAUAAUGAAGAUGUUUCAUGUUUACAGACUUAGAUAAGUGUAUUCAUCAUAUGUACCAUCCUUGCUGAUUGUACACAUACUGUAUAUGCUGUAUGUAUUCCUUGUUCAACGAAGGAAGACAAUAAAGAUGUUAAUUAUCUGCA